AUGUCCAACAUGCAUGCGGGCACGGUGAUCGGGAAGGGCGGCGGCAGCGUCAAGCAGAUGCGCGAGCAGUCGGGCUGCAAGGUUCAGAUCGCCGAGCAGGUGGCGGGCGAGAUGGAGCGGCUCGUCUCCAUCACCGGCGCCGCCAGCCAGGUCACCCACGCCAGCGAGCUCCUCGUGGAUGCCGCGCCGACCGAGCCGCCGUCCCACGCGCUCAAGCUGCUGCUGAGCAACAACCAGGUGGGGGGUAUCAUCGGCAAGAAGGGCAGCACCAUCAUGCAGAUGCGAGAGGAGUCCGGCGCCAUGAUCAAGGUCGAGGCGGCCGCGACGCUGACCAACGAGCGCGUCGUGCUCGUCAACGGCGUGCGGCAGGCGCUGGUGGGACGGCUGAUCGGGCGGGGCGGCGCCGGGAUCAAGGAGCUGCGCGAGGCCUCGGGAGCCACCAUCAAGAUCGAGUCCGAGUGCGUGCCGGGCACCGAUCAGCGGCGGCUCAUCAUCUCUGGCACGCCGCAGCAGACGCAGGUUGCGCACUCGCUGGUGCAGACGAGGCUGGCAAUGGGGCCGUAG